AAAAGGAAGAAAAUGAAAAGUUGAAGUAUGAAAAUAAUUAGGAUUUGUUUUUCUUUUAAAAUUUAAUUCCAAAAAAUAACAUAAAAGAUCAGUUUCUAUUUUAAAAUAAGUUGAGUAAGUUGAACCAAAAUCUACGUAGAUACCAUAUGCUUCUAUUAAUGGAAUUACUUGUGAAAUAAAAUUGAAAAUCGUGUAUAUAUGUUGCAAAAAGUGCAAUAUUUGUGGAUAUUCUUGGAUCUUAUAGGGGAUGAGGGAAAAUUAGACUUAAGUAAUUGAUAUUUGUAACUCAUGUACAUUUUAUGUUACUCACUAAUUUUGCUUUGAUAUGUUUAUUCCCUUUAAAUCAUCAGGAAGGGAAGUUAUAAAAGAUAAUGUUAGACAACAACCGGUUACUCCAAGAUCCUCAUCCACCAUAAGAUUAAGAAGUCGUGGAAGAUCAUAUACUCCCAACCAGGAAUUAAUUGCAGCUUCUUCCCUUCUUCGAAGGUUCUCCUUUAAUGACCUUAAGUUGGCAACGAGUAACUUUAAAUAUGACAAUUUACUUGGUGAAGGGGGGUUUGGAUCAGUGUUCAAAGGUUGGGUCGAUCAAGAUGAGAACUAUGCAACAAAGCCUGGAAUAGGGAUUCCAAUUGCAGUGAAGACUCUCAACCUAAAUGGAUUACAGGGUCAUAAGGAAUGGCUUGCUGAAAUUAGUUAUCUAGGUGAACUUCAUCAUCCAAAUUUGGUUAGAUUGGUAGGCUUUUGCAUUGAGGAAGACAAAAGGCUAUUGGUAUAUCAGUUUAUGUGUCGACAAAGCUUAGAGAAGCAUCUAUUCAAGAGUAUUUCCUAA